CGACCCUUUGUCACGUGUUUUCUGGUAAAAACAAAGUAACUAGUGCUCGGGCUUCUUUCAGUUGUAGUGCUAGUGCUCAAGCGAAGGAUAUGGCAGAAGAGAACAGGCAGCUGCUAGGUAACCAGACUGAGAGCGAGCCAGAGGACGAGAUCAAGCCGCACAGUCCUCCACCACCGUACCUAGACCCCCGCACUGGAGCCAGGGACAUCCAAUAUAAGAAGCUACCUACAGUGAUAUAUAUACUAGAGAAAACUGGACUCCUGAGCUUCAAACCAUUACUCAGCCACAAGUCACUUAUAUUAGUUCUCACUUUCAUCUGCUAUACAAGCUACCAUCUCUCCAGAAAACCAUUCAGUGUUGUGAAGGUGGUAUUGUGCCCACAAUGUGCCAACUGCAGCUUCUCCAGUGACACAGGAUGGGCACCAUUCAAUCAAAGUUCUCAGCAUGGCAACACUCUGCUGGGAGUAGUAGAUUACUCCUGGCUGUUUGCAUACGCCAUCUCCAUGUUUAUCAGUGGACAGAUUGCCGACAGAGUUAACCUCCGAUACUUUCUGUUCAUGGGGAUGACCGGUAGUGCGAUCUCUGUUGCUCUACUGGGAGUGGCCUACUUUGCCAACAUUCACGCCCUGUGGUACUUUAUUGUUGUGCAGGUAUUUGGAGGAAUAAUGCAGAGCACCGGAUGGCCUGGCACAGUUGCUGUGAUGUCACACUGGUUUGGAAAACACAAUCGUGGUCUCAUCAUGGGCAUCUGGAAUUCUCACACUUCAGUAGGCAAUAUCUUGGGUACCAUCAUCCCCUCAUUCUGGGCAGACUGUGACGGAGAACCUAGUCCUUGGGGAUGGUCGUUCAUUGUACCAGCUGCUAUAAUGCUGGCUGCUGGGGUACUCAUGUUCCUCAUGCUUGUUGUGGACCCUCGGCACGUUGGACUGCCUCCACCAAGACACACCACCAAUCAGCCAGUUGAGAGCAGCCCACCCCCUGAUCCAGUGGCCCGUGAGGUGUACGGUCGCCUCCAUCCAGAGCUGGACGUUGACAACGAGUUUGACAAGAAGAAGAGACAGCAAGAGCAGGAUCUACUGAGUGACGACUCUGGGAGUAUUCAAGUCCCCGUUGUACGAAAGUCCCAUCUGAAGCCCAAAUCUAAACCCAUCAACAUUCUCAGAGCAAUAUGCAUUCCUGGUGUUAUUGAGUAUUCUCUGGCUCUAUUCUUUGACAAACUGGUCAGCUACACAUUCCUCUACUGGCUACCAUUCUAUGUGAAAAACAAACUGACCUAUCUGUCUGGCCCGGAGUCCGACUGGCUCUCAACUCUCUUUGAUGUCGGUGGAAUAAUAGGUGGUAUUGCUGCUGGACUUGUGUCUGACCUGCUGCAGGCCAGGGCCAUCACCUGUGUCACCAUGCUCAUCCUGGCCAUACCCUCACUAUUUUUUCUGGAGGCGUAUGCUGACGAACAAUUUGGCUUCUUCAUUGUCAUGCUCAUCCUCUCUGGGAUCUUUGUCAAUGGCCCCUACUCCAUGAUCACCACGGCCGUGUCCAGUGACUUGGGUACUCACGAGUCUCUCAAGAACAACCAGAAUGCCAAGGCCACUGUGACGGCCAUUAUUGACGGCACUGGAUCCCUGGGGGCAGCUGUUGGUCCACUUAUUGUCGGCUGGCUCACCAGUGAAUAUGACUGGAUGGCUGCAUUCUAUGUGUUGAUGGGUUCGUGCCUCAUAUCAGCCUUGUUUCUCUCACGGCUUUUGUACAGAGAUAUCAAGAGCAUUUACCUGCGAUGCGAAAGCAGAUAUCGAAGUGUCUGUCCCUUGCUUGUGAGAAGGUUGAUAGAAACGCCAGUCAACAUUGAGCUCACCUCCAUUACCACGCAUGACAAUGAAAUUGAAAAUAGCUAGCCUAGCAUUUUGUCACUCUCAGUGCAGGCAUAUAUGUUCAAUUCCAAUUUUCAAUUGUUUCUGUACACGAGUUUG